GUGACGUUUCUAUCAGAAUCCCGGAAGAGGUGCGGGAAGUGACAGCAGGGCGAGAUAGAGUACGAUGGGAUGAGAGGCCGAGAGCAGCCAGCAACCUGUACCUGCCAUGUCCUAUUAAUUGAUGUCCCAGUGGAUGCUGCGUCUAGAACAUACAGAAGAACCACGGCCAGCACUGGCACCUGUAGAGCAGCGUAGCUGGAUUGUUGUCCUGCCUCUUCUUCCAUAGUGACUAUACAUCAGGGCACAAACAGAAGAGAUCAAGAAUGGAAAAACAUUUGAAGUUUUGGGCUUGUGCUGAGAGGUGGUUACUGACUUUAGCAUCGUGGUCAUGGGGACUAUGUCGGAUAUGUCUUCUCCCGUUAAUAUUAACGUUUAAUAUGUAUGGUGGUAUUAUUCUGCUGCUUCUGAUAUUUGUCUCCAUAGCUGGAAUCCUGUUCAAAUUUCAGGAUGUACUGCUUUAUUUUCCGGACCAGCCUUCUUCAUCACGACUUUAUGUACCAAUGCCCACCGGAAUUCCACAUGAGAAUAUAUUCAUUAAAACAAAGGAUGGCCUACAUCUCAACCUCAUCCUCUUGAGAUACACAGGCGAAAAUGCAAACAUUUCUCCAACCAUUAUUUAUUUUCAUGGUAAUGCGGGAAAUAUUGGCCAUAGGUUACCCAAUGCGUUGUUGAUGCUGGUCAACCUUAAAGUGAACUUGCUCUUGGUUGACUACAGAGGGUAUGGAAAAAGUGAAGGAGAGCCAAGCGAAGAAGGCCUUUACCUAGACUCUGAAGCCGUACUUGAUUACAUUAUGACCAGACCUGACAUUGAUAAAACAAAAAUUAUACUCUUUGGCCGCUCACUAGGGGGCGGCGUUGCCAUUCAUUUAGCCUCUGAAAAUGCUCACAGAAUAUCAGCGAUAGUAUUAGAAAAUACUUUUCUUAGCAUUCCUCACAUGGCCAGCACCCUGUUUUCUUUUCUUCCUAUGAGGUACCUUCCUUUGUGGUGCUACAAAAAUAAGUUUUUGUCCUACAGGAAAAUUUCUCAGUGCCGAAUGCCUUCCUUAUUCAUCUCUGGGCUAUCUGACCAGUUAAUUCCUCCGUUCAUGAUGAAACAGCUGUAUGAACUCUCCCCUUCCCGGACUAAAAGAUUAGCCAUCUUCCCAGAUGGCACACAUAAUGACACCUGGCAGUGCCAAGGCUACUUUGCUGCACUUGAACAAUUCAUCAAAGAACUGACCAGUAAUCACUGUCCAGAAGAAAAUGCAAAAACCUCAAAUGUGACAAUAAUAUGAAUGCCGACUUCUUCCCAUUGCACUGUUGUAUAUGAGGUUUGUGAGACUUGAUGAGAAGAAUGUCAUUUGUACUGUUUGUUUUCCAAACUUUAGAAAGUAAAACCUAGCGAGGGCGUCCAUGA